GAGACAACAAGAAAAAGAACUAUGAUUUCACUUAAAAUAUAAAAGCAGAGAGAUGGAGUGAAUGAUUGGUCGGUUCUAAACCGCGAGUUGAGCCCUAGUCGAAAUCUGUUUCAUUAAACUUCAUGGAAGCUGAAGACGAUCAGUUCGGAUCGAUGAUGGACGAGAUCCACUCGAACGGCGGCGUCGACGACUCUAGUCGCCACCGGCCGAUUAUAAGCGGCGAACAGCUCGACAUCGAGGCGUACGAUGCCCUAUACAGUGGCCGGACCAAAAUCAUGCGGCUGCUCUUCAUCGCUGAUAGAUGCAACAACACUUCGAUGCAGUUGGAGGCUUUAAGGAUGGCGUAUGACGAGAUUAAGAAGGGCGAGAACACGCAAUUAUUCCGAGAGGUUGUUCAGAAGAUUAACGGACGGUUGGGACCUAAUUACGGGCCGGACGCUGGUUGGACUGAUUCAGUAGAUCGCCGAGCAGAGCAAAGGAAGGAGAAGCUCGAAAAUGAGCUCAAUGCUUAUAGGACAAAUUUGAUUAAAGAGAGCAUCAGGAUGGGAUACAAUGAUUUUGGAGAUUUUUAUUAUGCCCACGGUCAGCUUGGUGAAGCUUUCAAGAAUUAUGUUCGUACACGGGAUUAUUGCACAACAGCAAAGCAUAUAAUCCAUAUGUGCUUGAAUGCAAUUUUAGUUAGCAUUGAGAUGGGUCAAUUCACACAUGUUACAAGCUAUGUUAGCAAAGCAGAGCAAAGCCAAGAUGCCUUAGACCCUAUUACAACUGCUAAACUUCGUUGUGCUGCAGGAUUGGCGCACUUAGAGGCCAAAAAGUAUAAGCUUGCUGCUCGGAAGUUUUUGGAGGUUGGCCAAGACUUGGGGAAUAAUUACACAGAAGUAAUUGCACCCCAAGAUGUUGCGACAUAUGGUGGCCUUUGUGCACUUGCAAGUUUUGACCGAGUGGAACUGAAGAGCAAAGUUAUAGACAACAUAAACUUCAGGAAUUUUUUAGAGUUGGUACCUGAGGUGCGGGAACUUAUCCAAGAUUUCUACACAAGUCAUUAUGCUUCGUGUCUUGAGUACUUAGGAAACUUGAAAGCAAACUUAUUGCUCGACAUCCAUUUACAUGACCAUGUUGAGACACUGUAUAGUCAAAUCCGUAACAAAGCUCUCAUACAGUACACGCAUCCCUUUGUCUCUGUUGAUCUGAACAUGAUGGCCAAUGCGUUUAAGACCACUGUUACGGGGUUAGAGAAGGAACUUGAAUCCUUAAUUACAGACAACCAGAUACAGGCUCGAAUUGAUUCCCACAACAAGAUCCUUUAUGCACGGCAUGCAGAUCAGAGAAACGCAACCUUCCAAAGGGUUCUGCAGACCGGUGGUGAAUUUGAUCGAGAUGUGAGAGCCAUGCUUUUGAGAGCCAACCUUCUCAAGCACGAGUACAAUGCCAGAUCAUCAAGGAAACAUGGAAACAUAUAAUCAAUCACUACAAUUUGUCAAAAAAAAAAUUAAAAAAUCCAAGCUUGAGAAUGCCAGAGUAGUGUAAUACUGUAAUUGACAUAUUUGCUUAGCUUAGCAUAAUGGUGGUCUUUAAUCUUGAAGGAUUUGCUUUCUGGGUGGGCACAUAGUAUCACUGUUCCUGUUCAUAUAACAAAUCGCUGUGCCGGGGCUUGUGUGUAAUCCUAUGUAGUCAUGUUCUGUUUA